AAGCUUUCUUGAUAAGAAUAUAACCAGAAAAUGAAUUAUUUUACAAUAAACAUUCGUAUUUGUAAUAUGUAUUGUUACAAAAAAUAAAAACGCCUGCAAAUUCAAUUAAAAUAAUUUCCUAAUUAGGAAAUGCCAUAUGAUUUUACAAGUCCAUGUUCAUGCGUAGCAAUCUCAGAGUUAACACGAAGUUUCCUAGGCAACCUUUAUGCAUACAAACAACAAGUCCGCACAGUUACGUCGAAAAACAGUGCCAACUAAACAUGAAUGACUCGAAAGAAGAGCUGAUUGAGCUGGAGGAUUUAACCUCGCCGAUCAAAGAAAAACCCAAGAAAUUAAUGGCGUCUAAGAGAAGAAAGAAGGCUCCAAAAUCCAACACUACCUACUCCGUAACCUCCGGAGGUAGCGCAACAGUUAGCUUGGACGAUGACAGCAUCGUUAACAUGUUCUCGGUGAAUGCCAAGACUUACUCCAGAAGCAGAGCGAGCAGUUCGGAUCAACGCACGAUUUCGGAGAUCUCUGACGAUGUUUUUUUGGUAAAACCGGAAUCAAAGCAGUCCACCAGUGGAAACAGCAUUAAACGGAACUACAAGGAUAAAAUUUCGGAGCACUUGAAAAAAAUCAAGGAGAAGGCCAUCAAUUCCUCGGAUUUGGCCAGAAGCAGAUUGCCUAUCGAGAGAAUCAGAAGGGAAAGCGAGCAAAUUGAUGUCGAAAUCGAUAACGUUAGAAGCAAAAUUAAAGAAAGGGAUAAUAAUAGUAAAGAAAUAGAAGCGUUUUUUACUUUUGUUGAGCCUAAGAAGGAGGAAGGAAUUAAUUCGAACAAAUCAAAUGAUCAAUUAGUAUACACUCUACCAGAGAAAUUGGACUUUAGUAUGACUUUAGCAGAAAACGAAUGUUUGUUUUACAUAAACCGUAAGCAACGAAUAGACGAUAGCAGCAAAAGAGGCACAGCAGAAAUGUGCUAUUCAGACGUACCGCAAAUUUGCGAUUCCCACCGAAACAUUUUAGAGCAGAGAUUCUGCAUUAUCGAAGACCGGAGAUGGUUCGAUGCAGAAGGAAAUCUAAACCUGCUGGAAAAUCCAGUCACGCCGAUUUCUCUGCGUCCAUCUAUGCACCAGAUGAGCGACCACCGCCUCACUGACUACGUUCCGUCUUCUACAAAUCUCUGCGAAGACUUGACUGAGCUGGUGGUGCUCAAAGAAAACGUCUUGAACGUGUAUUUAUCCCAUUUGAAAUUCCACCACCAUCCGUUGUUCAGCACCGAAGAUAUUUUCGCUGAAAAGUUAAAGACCACAUUCGAGGAUUACAAGGCGAUACAAGAGGACAAAACCGUUUCAAACCUUAAGGCUCGCCUGGAACUGUUGAGGCGUAGGAGAUACGAGCACGGGGAUUCUACUAGUACCUGGAAUGAAAUAAGAAGGGUAAGAAUGAAGUAUUUUAAAGAGAGUAGAAGAUACAAGCAAAUCGUUCUGACGAUUUUGGAGUGUUGGAAGCACGUGAAAAAAAUUAGAUCCGUCCAGAAAUAUUCCAACACAGACGUUAAGCUGUUAAUCAAAAGGGAAAAGUGCGAUUACGAUCGGGAAAAGGAAGAGUACAGGAACAUGUUCGAUCAAAGCCUAGAGGAAAUGAUGAGAGAGCAAGGUUACGAGCACAUCAAGGAGAUGAGCGAGGAUAGUAUUGAAGAAAAGAGCGAUGGCGCAACCACAAUAGCAUCUAAAGAUGAAGAAUCCCGAUCGGCGAAAAUGAGGAACCAGUUGCGCAACAUCCUCAAAACCUCUUUGCGAACUCCAGGUGAACCGAACGUUAUACUGGCUCUAACCAACACCAAUACUCUAACAGAAUACAGCGAUUUCUCCAAGGAGACGACGCGACGGAACGUUCUGUUUUCGACGAAAUUCUAUCUGAAAAUUCUGUGCAACAACAUCGAGGCGUGCAAAACGAAGUUCCUCAAUUUGAACAAAAACUUCGCGCUCGAAGUGGAGGAGAUUUUCUCCCUGCAACUCUUCGACGUUCCGAAAUACUUGACCAUCGAAAUAUACGAACAACCGAAAUCGCUGCUGAAGAAAAAAAUAUGCGAGAUCAAUAUCGACGUACCCAGCGAGAAAAAUCCCAUUAAACUGUGUAGAGCAAAUUUCCACGUUAACGAUAUUGUGCACUACAAACACGAAGGCGUCGGUAGCGGCGUUGGCUUGCAGUCCUUGAUGGAUUAUUACGGAGUCAAAUUACUGAACAUAAAGGAUAGCCAAUUAAAAACUUCUGGUUAUUUGGAAUACGGUUUGGAAUGGGAGAACGACGAAGCCGUCGAGGCUAAGGAUACAAUGCAAACGAAAAUGAUGGAAUUAGAUGAAAUCGUCGACAAAAGUUUCGUCGUUAAUUUCGAAAAAUUUGGCAAAUUCGACGAGUUUAAAGUUGACGAAGGUGAGCAAGUGGAGAUGAGUCUCGAAAGAUCCGAGGGCAGCUUUUUCAGAUUGAAUCCUCACCUGUUUUCGUUUUGCGAUAUCUCUGAAAUAGACGAAAAUAUCCGGCUCAAAAUUCUGCAACUUCGUGACCAAAAGGAAAUUGAGUUUGACGGAAUGCUAGUGCCUAAUAGGAUUAAAGAAAUUCCCACAAAUGUUUUAUCACAAUAUCUAAGAAGAAAAGCAGGCGAAAAGCCGAAUUUAAAAAUCGAAGUAUUCGAAAAUCUAAAAAGCCAAUACUAUUUCGGCAAAAAGUCCCUGCAGCAAAUCCACCUGAAAAUCUUCCAGUUGUGCAAGAGCACCGAAAACAAUCUGGAUUACGAAAGCGUGGUUAACGAGAAAUAUUUCAUAUACUUCCACGUGAUGUUAAAGACGCUGCUCCGCAAUUUCUUCAAUUGGUUUAGGUGGCGCCCGAAAGUAAACAAACCGCUUCCCGUUUUAACCAAAGACGAUUCGGAUGAUAAUCCACAAAUUUCCAAAAGCACAGUUUCUCUCACGGUGCGCCUAAUCGGCGCCAGGAACCUACCUAAUCGCAAGAAGCGCACUUUCAACGAUGCCGCGAGCGAACCGAACGAAAUUCGUCCGUAUGUAGAGGUUAAUUACAAAAGCAUGACUGCGAGAAGCAGCACUAGCAUAGGAACAAAUCCUUUGUGGAACGAGGAUUUGGUCAUACCAUUAGAAUCGGAUCACACGGACUAUUUAAAUCCCACUUCACUAGACGGCAUAAUCUCAGUGAACUUAUUCGACGAAAGCGAAAACGAGAUUAUCAAGCUGAAUAAAAAAUGCAUCAACUGGAUGGGUGGAAUCGAUAUUUUGUUGUCUGCUGUUUGUUGCUCGGAUACCAUGAGCGGGUUGUUUCAAAUCAAAGUUCCUUAUCUACUUACUGAUUACGAGACGUUAAUAGAAAAACACAAGUCGCCGAAUACUCCACAGUCGGUUUAUACGUACUUGGAAAUGGAGAUAUUUGUAGAGCCUUCUGUUCCAAAACUAAGCCCAAAUAUGGAAGAAUUCCCUUGCGGUGAUGUUCCCUACAUCCACGAGUAUGUUCUGAAAUGGAACAAAAACUUCAAUUCCUCCUACCCGCAUAGAAAAUUCAACGCGCUAGUUUUGGACAGCAACGGUAAAACCACUUGCGCCACGCGCUUUUUAAAACCUUCGGAACCGCCGCAAAUUAAUAACGAGGAAUUCGACGUUAGCAUCGAGCAAUGCUGCAGAUACGUGUCGUUAAUCCCUUUUACUUCCUGCAAUCAUUUCUACAACAAUAUAUGGCUUUCGACGGAUCAAUUGAUUGGAUUUAUGCUGGGAUCGGUAAUAGACCAUGCGAUAGCGUUAACUUGUUACUUAACAGCUUUGAAAGUAGAUGUGUGGUUAUUGUUGGGUUAUGGAAUACCUCACGGUAAUACUGCGUAUGUGUUUCUACCGGAGUAUCCUAACGAUAGCGCGAUUCCUGCUUACUAUAUCAUCGAUGUGGUUUACAACGAAAAGUACAAUAUAAUGGACGAAAAUUGUCCAUUGCAAAGAAUAUUCUGCGUCAUGAACAAUAAAAACAUAUGGGCGAACGUGCAGAAAACGGAUAAACCGUAUUUGACGAGGUUCGAGUUCGACGGAAAUUCCGACUGGCUGCCGCUCUUCCGCGACGGCAUGCAUGCACCUACGAACCCCGUCGGCGAUAAAGUAACGUAUCUAGCGGCGGACGACACGGAAAAGUACGAAAUGAAUCUGGAAAAGCAGCUAAAAAAGCAGAUAUCGAAGCUGAGACUGUUGGAUAGGACGGUGUGGAACAGCGGCGUGUCCAGCGUUUUGGCGAAUGUCUUGAAAACGUUCGAGUUGAAUUGCAUGUAUAAUAGGAAUCACCACGAGUCCUUCAGCGAAUUGUGCCAGGAUAUUUCUCAAUAUACGGUGUCUGGUUUCGCUAUAAAUACGCAUUUCACGAGUUUUUCCAAUCUGAUGAGGAAAAUCAAGCAAAUAGGCAUGCAUAUACAGAAGGAGGAGGAUACUGAAUUUGCUGCAGCUGUUUAUAUCCACGCUUAUCCCGGGAGACUGUUUUCAGUUUGGAUAUUUUUAAUUAAUAUCCGCAAUAAUGAUUAAAAAAAGUUUUAUUUUUUUAAUUGAUGAGAAAAUCUAUUUUUAUAAGAAAUAAAGUUUUAUAUGUAACCUAACGAUUCCAAUU